UUUGUUAUUUGUUAAUUUUAUAUUGUUAAAUUUCGCAGCUGUUCAAAUUAUUAACAAUGAACAAUGAGAAAAGAAAGAAGAGUGGGAACGAAAUUCAGAUAUAUGAAGACGCAGCCUACCGCAGUCGCCAACAGGAAUCAGAUUCCAAUAGUUCCGACUCAUCGCAGGCGGUUAAAAAACAACGCAACGUGAAAACAACUGAGAAUGUGGCUACCAAACCGAUUGAACUGAUAUUUGUGAUAUUAUCGGUUAUCGCGAUGAUCAUCACAUUCCCGAUAUCGAUAUUUAUGUGCGUGAUCAUUCUGCAGGAGUAUCAGCGCGCGGUCAUAUUGCGGAUGGGCCGCCUACGGCCGGGCGGUCCCCGUGGUCCGGGCAUGGUGUUCAUUUUACCCUGUCUGGAUAGAUAUAGAAAGGUGGACUUGCGCACCACAUCACUAGAUGUGCCGCCGCAAGAUAUUCUCACCAAAGACUCGGUGACCAUCAGCGUGGACGCCGUGGUCUAUUACAGAAUCAAGAAUCCCCUGGAUGUCACACUGCAGGUGAUGGACCCCGAAAGCUGUUGUGAGCUGCUGGCGAUGACAACGCUGCGCAAUAUAACCGGCGGCUACUUGCUCAUAGAACUGGUCAGCUCCAAGAAGGCGCUGUCCAGGCAAAUCAAGGCCGCCCUGGAUGCCACUGGCGCCACAGAAUCUUGGGGCAUACGCAUCGAGCGUGUUGAAAUCUCGGAUAUUUAUAUGCCGGAAACCCUGCAACGCGCCAUGGCCGUGGAGCAGGAGGCGCGCCGCGAGGCCAUGGCCAAGGUGGCCUCAGCAAAUGGCGAACGGGAUGCUGUCAAAGCACUCAAGGAGGCUGCCGAUAUCAUGGAAUUGAAUCCCAUAGCACUGCAGCUUCGCUAUCUGCAAACACUCAAUACGAUUGCAAAUGAGGAAACACAGUCCAUUGUAUUCCCAUUCCCCAUUGACAUUGUGCAAAAACUAAUCAAAUAACUAAAUUUUAGUUUUCAUAAAACUCACAUAUAAAAAUGUCUAAUAAUGUAAUGCCUUUAAAUAUGUAUU